GCCCAAUUCCACAGUGUGUGGAUAAGAAACACAGCUGGACCAAUUACAUCAAAGAGAACUGAAUAAGGAAGAUUCUGAAUGUGAAGGCAAGAAGAUUACAACAAAGGCAGCAAUGUUAAUGUGAAUGGGAUGCAGGAGAAGGGAAAAGACCAUCUGUACAGAAUUUACUCUUAUACCAUUUGCUCUUUCUUCCUAUUGUCUUCCCAACUUUGAUCUAAACAGACCAAAUAUAGCUUGCUGAAACAGUGCCAAAGAAAGCUACCAACACAAAGACCAGCCAGUACUUCAACCUGAAACAAACAUAGAAACUCUUAGAGGAAAGCCCUGAAGCACACACAGCACCAUGGAUCGAUUCCGGAUGAUCUUCCAGUACUUCCAGUCUAAUUCAGAAUCGGUGAUGAAUGGGAUUUGCGGGCUUCUGGCACUGGCUAGUGUCAAAAUUUACACCUCCUUUGACUUCAACUGCCCCUGCCUCCCCCAAUACAAUAUGGCAUAUGGCUUGGGGAUAAUGUUUAUACCUCCUGUGAUCCUGUUGCUCUGUGGUCUCAUUGUCAACAGACAGUGUGUGCUGGCCAUCGAGGAGUGGAAGAGACCCACUGGGAACAGAAAGAAGAACAUGGCUAUUAUCAGAUACAUUUGUUCCUCCAUCCUGCAACGGGCUAUGAUUGCACCCAUUAUUUGGAUCCUAGUCACCCUUCUUGAUGGGAAGUGCUUUGUCUGUGCCUUCAGCAAUUCUGUUGACCCUGAUAAGUUUUCAGGUUUUGCCAACAUGACCCCUGUCCAUGUGCAGCUGUUGCUCUCCAAGGUCCCUUGCAAGGAAGAUGAGCUCAUAAGGAACAACACUUCCCGCAAAGCAGUGUCCAGGUACCUCAGAUGCUGGUCACAAGCUCUUGGCUGGAGUAUAUUGCUGACCCUUAUCGUGAUAGCCUUCCUUGCCCGGUCUCUCAGGCCCUGCUUCAAUCAAGCUGCCUUCCUGCAGACUCGCUACUGGAGUAACUACAUUGAUAUUGAACAAAAGAUAUUUGAUGAAACUUGCUGUGAACAUGCUCGAGAUUUUGCACACAAGUGCAUCCUCCAUUUCUUUGAGAGCAUGCAGAAAGAAAUCAAGCUAAGGCGGUUCAAUGCCCAUAGAGAAGAAGAGGAAGGCAAAGAAGAAGAGAAAAAUCACUUGCGAGGAAUUACCAAUGAAGAGCAGGUGAACAAGCUCCUUCAGUCAUGGUACUACAACAAACCACGGCUGGAUCUGAGCCAAACAACCCAGAGACAAUGCCUGAGCACAGAGAGGACAUCUAUGCAUGUGGUAGAUGCCAUGACUAAUAGGUGGCAUCCCCAGCCAGGAUCUUCAACUACAAGACAAACAGAUGUUUAAAAGGCAACUGGCAGCAUUAAUGUGGACCCUCUCUCACAAAUUCCAUAUAACAUCCUUUAGAAAUAGGCUAAGUUGAUUAGGGAAAAAAUAGCCCAGUGAUCUUAUUUAAUUAAUAUCUUGCUGUUCCCCCAACUGAGGACUCAAAACAGCUUACAAAACCAUUUGAUGACACAACAAUUCCACAAAGUAGGUUAGGAUGAGAGUGAAUGGCCUACAGUCACCAAGCA